GGGGGUGUUUUUUUGCCCCUUGUUGUUGUUGUUGUUUACUGUCUCUUAAUUUUUGCUUCCGAUGUGUUCAAUACACUCUCUACUUUGCCUCUCCUUUAGAUCUGUUUCCAGUUUCUCCUUCUUCCCAUCUCCGCUUUUCAACAGGUGAUUUCAAAAAAUCCAAAAUUUGUUUGCGUCUUCAAUAAUGUUGAGAGAUUGAACCUCUGAUGAUGCUUGGAUUCUGGAAUAACCGUCGAAUCUUUGUUGGGUUUUUAAGGAUUUCGCCUCUUCUUCUUCUCUUUAGAGGUUUAAUGAUGAGAUUUGUGCAUCCAAGGUGUUUGUAGUAUUGCCUGAGAGAGAGAGAGUCAAAUGGGAAACGGGACUUCCCGUGUUGUUGGUUGUUUCGUGCCUUCUAAUGAGAAGAACGGUGUUGAUUUGGAGUUUCUUGAACCUUUAGAUGAAGGUUUAGGCCAUUCCUUUUGUUACGUUAGGCCAAGCAUCUUUGAGUCUCCUGAUAUUACUCCUUCAAACUCUGAGAGGUUCACUGUUGAUUCGAGCACUCUUGAUUCCGAGACACUCAGUGGAUCUUUCCGUAACGAGGUUGUUGAUGAUCCUUCUUUCUUGAAUAGACACAACAGCAAAGGUUUAGCUGAAACUACGUUUAAGGCAAUCUCAGGUGCUUCUGUUAGUGCUAAUGUUUCCACUGCUAGGACUGGGAAUCAAAUGGCGUUCUGUUCUAGUGACGUUUUGGAGCCUGCUGCUUCGUUUGAGAGCACAUCUUCUUUUGCUUCUAUUCCUUUGCAGCCUGUCCCUCGUGGUGGUUCGGGUCCUUUGAAUGGAUUCAUGUCAGGGCCUUUAGAGAGAGGAUUUGCAUCUGGUCCUUUGGAUAGAAACAAUGGUUUCAUGUCAGGACCUAUUGAGAAAGGAGUUAUGUCUGGACCUCUUGAUGUACAUGAUAAAACGGACGGUAAGUUACAUGGUGAAGACCCUGAAAAUUGUUUAGAGAGCAACCGUAACUUGCAAUGGGCUCAUGGGAAAGCUGGAGAAGACAGGGUUCAUGUUGUGCUUUCGGAGGAACAAGGAUGGCUCUUUAUUGGGAUUUAUGAUGGGUUUAGUGGACCGGAUGCUCCAGAUUUCGUGAUGAGCCAUCUUUAUAAAGCUAUCGACAAGGAAUUGGAAGGUCUUCUUUGGGAUUAUGAAGAGCCAUCUGUAGAUAAUCAAUUGCAGCCAGACCAGGAACAACCUCCUUCUACAGAAGAGUACUUGAGUGAUCCAGAAACUAUCAGUGAGCGGCAUUCAAAGUCAGUAGUGGCAGGAAGUGACGAGGUUAUGACUGAUAAUAACACUAGCCUUGGAAAUGCCGACACUCCCAUUGCUGUUGAUGGUCCACCUGGAAAUUUAGCAGGUCCUGGCAAGAAAAGCACUAGACUUUACGAGCUACUUCAGUUGGAACGGUGGGAAGGAGAAGAAAUCGGGCAUAAAGAUUCUUGUGGAGGGAGUGUGGCGCUAAACGAUAUGACUAAUCAGGUAGAACAUCCAUCUACUUCUGGUGGAGGAGCUGGAAAUGAUCCGUGUACCACCGACCGUAGUGUUCUUGAUGGGAUUCCAGCCUCGGGACAAAGCCAUGGGACUAAAAAAUCACAGAUAAGCUCAAAGAUAAGAAGAAUGUAUCAAAAACAACAGAAGUCUUUGCGGAAAAAGCUGUUUCCUUGGAAUUAUGAUUGGCACAGGGAAGAAGGGACUUGCGUUGAAGAGAAGAUAGUGGAGUCGUCGGGACCGAUUAGGAGACGCUGGUCAGGAACUGUAGACCAUGAUGCUGUGCUAAGAGCAAUGGCUAGAGCACUAGAAAAUACUGAAGAGGCUUACAUGGAAAUGGUAGAGAAGUCUCUUGACAUAAACCCAGAGCUUGCACUAAUGGGUUCAUGCGUUCUUGUAAUGCUGAUGAAGGAUCAAGAUGUUUAUGUGAUGAACGUUGGGGAUAGUCGGGCUAUCUUAGCCCAAGAAAGGCUCCAUGAUCGUCACUCUAAUCCCGGUUUUGGGAAUGAUGAGGGUAUCGGGCAUAAGAGUAGGUCCCGAGAAUCACUUGUGCGUAUGGAACUGGAUAGAAUAUCAGAGGAAUCACCAAUACACAAUCAAACAACUCCGAUCAGUGUCUCAAACAAAAACAGAGAUGUGACUUCGUAUCGGUUAAAGAUGAGAGCCGUUCAACUGUCAAGUGACCAUAGCACAAGUGUGGAAGAGGAAAUUACGCGGAUCAAAUCUGAACAUCCGGAAGAUGACCAGUCCAUACUGAAAGAUAGAGUCAAAGGCCAACUAAAAGUCACUCGAGCUUUCGGUGCUGGGUUUCUCAAAAAGCCGAAUUUUAAUGAAGCGUUGCUUGAGAUGUUCCGGGUAGAGUACAUUGGAACAGACCCGUACAUCACCUGCGAACCGUGUACAGUCCAUCACAGACUGACUUCAAGCGAUCGUUUCAUGGUGUUAUCAUCGGAUGGAUUGUAUGAAUACUUCAGCAACGAAGAGGUCGUUGCUCACGUGACUUGGUUCAUCGAAAACGUUCCUGAAGGAGAUCCUGCUCAAUACCUCAUUGCAGAGCUUCUCUCUCGCGCUGCCACCAAGAACGGGAUGGAGUUUCAUGAUCUGUUGGAUAUUCCACAAGGAGAUAGAAGGAAGUACCAUGAUGAUGUCUCGGUCAUGGUUGUAUCACUUGAAGGAAGGAUUUGGCGAUCUUCUGGACAAUAUUAUCCAGAGAGAAAACAAAAAUUCAAUAGAUGAAUUAACCAAAAAACACAAAUUUUUUAGGGUUUCUCUUAAUUGUUUGUCAAACAAUCUUUCGAUUUCCAGAAGUAAAAAAAAGAAAAGGAAAAGGCCUAAUUUCUCUA